CGUCGCCACUAGUCGGGAGGCGAUCGCUCGUAGCAGCGCGAGGUGAUGUUCAGUCUUUCUCUGGCUCAGUAGGCCAUGGUGGCGCGCGGAGAGAGCAUGUUCGGAUGUUACGAUAGUUACUCUUAUCGACUGUGGAGCUUGGCCAACGUGUGGAGUCAGUUGCCGCUUACCGCUGCCGGCGUGGGUAAAUCCGUUUCCCCAGGAUCUGGCGCUGACGAUGGUGGCAGGACGGGUGCUACUGGACUAGGGACCGAUUACUUCAUCAAGUGCCCACAGUGUCAGAAUGGUUACCCCGGAUUCCAGGCGCUGAAGGAGCAUGUCGAGUCCUCUCAUCCGCCUCCGCCACAGGUCAGAGGUGGUGACGACGGGGCGUCGCAACCCACGUCACCAGUCGGCUCUCCUGCCCCCAACACCCCAGGCGGGGGUUACGCCUGUCCCCAGUGUAACACUAGUUUCCUUCAUAAAGACCAGCUGGAGAAGCAUGAGCUACUCCAUUCCCCGAACGCCCAGGUGUCCUGCAAAGUAUGCAACAAGACAUUUGCGAAUGUGUACCGCCUGCAGCGCCACAUGAUAAGCCACGACGAGAGUGCAGUACUACGCAAGUUCAAGUGUCCGGAGUGUGAGAAAGCUUUCAAAUUCAAGCACCACCUCAAAGAGCAUAUCCGGAUUCACAGCGGAGAGAAACCUUUCGAAUGUGCCAACUGUGGUAAACGAUUCUCACACUCUGGAUCGUACUCAAGUCACAUGACCUCCAAGAAGUGCCUCAUCAUGAACCUCAAAGUGGGCCGUGGAGGUCGUGGUGGGCCCAAUUCCCUCCUAGAUAAAUGUGCACCUCAUCACAGAAGUGCAGGACCUGCAUCCAAACGAUCCCUAGCAAAUAACAGCCCUUUAAAUAGUAAUACAUCCAAUACUACAGCAAAUUCCAAUAUGAACAACACCACCUUCCCACAUAUGCUUCCAAAAUAUGGCGAUUCCUUCCUGUCUGCAGUCAGUCCACGGAUUCCUGGCAGAUUCCCUGCAGCGUCAUCACAUCCUCACACUGCAGCUCCCAGCCUACAUCAUUUCUAUAUGGCAGUAGCUCCUACAAUGCACCUAAAUCCACACCCCAACUCAGGGAUUAAUCCAUAUAAACUUCCUGCAUCCUUUAGUCAUCUUUUGGAGCACCUUACAGCAUCUUCACCACCUCAUCAACCAAGGAUGUCUAUUCUUGAGGAUGGCAAGAAAAUGGAAGGGGAGGUUGAAGAGGAAAAGGAGAAUGAAACAGAUGGUGAUACCCAAAACCAGGAAACAAAAUAUGAUGGAGGUAUCAAAGAUGCAGAAGAAGCAAGGGAAGUGAAGGAGGAGAGGCAAGAUGAAUGUGACAUGCAUAUGUCCACUCCUGAGGGAGAAGAAGGUAGGCAUGAUGAAGUAGAUGAAAGAGAAUCCCCUAUUGCCAGAAGUGGGAGUAGAAAUUCACCAGGUGCUGGGAGUAAUAGUGGUGACCUUGAGGCAGUGAAGAGGAUUCUGGAGACUGUAAAUGCUACAGUAACUAAACAGUUUCUGGAAGCCAACAUGCAGAAGUUGACUUCUUCGGCAUCUUCAGGCAGCAGUUGUCCAAGCAUUGCCAGUGUAUCAUCUCCACAUGCAAAUGGUACUGAAAACAAUGUAACAGAGUUCCAAAAAAAAAGUAGCGAAUUUUCUUCAUCAGAGUUUUCAUCAUGCAGACACUGUCAGAAGAAAUUCCCCAGUCCCAUCGACCUCCAUCAACACGAACGUUACCUUUGCGAAUGCCGUCCAGGGGAUCGCAGAAGUGAAGGACUUGCUGCAAAGUUGGAGGAUGCUGUUACAGUGAAGACAGAAGAGAUGUCGCUUAAUGGUGGUUGCAGUGGAAGUGAGGAUGGCGAUGAUGGUGAUGGACGAGCUUCUGGUAAGGAGCCAGUAACAGAAGAAGAUGAGUAUGAAGCUGAAUCCAUUACAACAACAGACCAGGUUUCAGAAGAUGGACGCAAAGUACGUGUGAGGUCCCUGAUAGCUGAUGAGCAACUUGCAGUCCUCAAAGGCCACUAUUCCCUUAAUCCAAGACCGAAGAAAGAUGAAUUGUCACGAAUAGCAGACAAAAUUGGGUUUCCAGUCCGUGUUGUACAGGUCUGGUUCCAAAAUACCCGUGCUAGGGACCGUCGUGAAGGGCGGUUAGUUCAUAUCCCAUAUGUUCCUCUGGCAACAGUUCCGGGUUUUCCUCCAGCAUCUCUCGUGCCUUCAUCACAACCGUCACACCUUCAAACUAUGAAUGUGGGCCAUUACUCUACCGCAUCACCUCCUCUAUGUCCUUCCUCUGGUGCAGAACAACCGCUGGACCUCUCUACUAAGAAGAACCAACAUUCUUUAGCUUCAACUCCAUCCAGUUCACCACUUAGGCCAACGUCAGCAACAGCUCAUUCUGAUUCUGGCGAGGAUGUCGGUUGUGCCAUGAAUCUUAGUCGCAAAUCCUCUUCACGUAGUCCAACCCCAAAUAGUAAUGCCCUGUUAACAGCACCUUUUAGACAACUCCCUCCAUUCCAGCAGCCCCACUAUCCACAUUCCUCGUGUUCAUCGUCAUCUGUAGCAGAUUUCCGUCGGACACCAUCUCCAAUGUCUUCAAUAAAUUUGCAACAGCAUAUUGAAGGGCUCAGUAAUGGAAUUCCAAAUGGCAGUAGGUUAGCACGCAUCCUGGCACAGCCGCCCGUAACAGCAUCACAUCGCAUGGUAGCCAGUCUCACAAAUGGAAUCAAUGGCAGCACUGUGGGAAUAGUUCCCAUGGAACGGCUUAUGUAUGGGGCUGAUCUACAUGUAUCAUCACGCUCUCCACUACCCAUAUUCAGUCAUCAACAUCACCUGGAGAAUGGUCGAGCUUGCAGUUCCAGUCCCAGCUCCGACAAGCGCUCCUGGAAACAGGGUUAUUUGGAUGGGGGUGACACAACAGAUGAGGCAGAUGACUCUGGUUGUGGUGGAGGUGGAAACCAGGAAAUAGAUCAUGCCCUUAUGAUCAUGGAUGAGGAUGGCUCAUCACCCACCAAGAGACACAAACUCUCUCCAGCACUUAGCAAAGGCCUCGUGCAAGGUGGUGGAGUCACAGGAUUAGAUGGUGAAGUGGAGGGACAGUUUAUCUGUGACCAGUGUGACAAGGCCUUUUCCAAACAGAGCUCUCUUGCUCGGCACAAGUAUGAACAUUCUGGCCAGCGACCACAUAAGUGUGAUGUGUGCACCAAGGCAUUCAAACACAAGCACCACCUGACUGAACAUAAGCGUCUGCACAGUGGGGAGAAGCCCUUCCAGUGUUCCAAGUGUCUUAAGCGCUUCUCACACUCUGGGUCCUACAGCCAACACAUGAACCACCGCUAUUCAUACUGCAAGCCAUACAGAGAAUAGCUUUGCCUCACAGACACUUUCACCUGAGGAGCACGUCCUCUCCUCGCCUGUGUUUGUGAGCGGAAAUUGAACCAAAUGCUCUGGUAAAGCAUGGGUUAAGUAUGAAUAUAAAAUUCAAGCUGCAUAAGAAUACGAAGAGGGACUGGCAGUACUGAGGAAGAGGAUUUUACUACCAACCUUACAGUCUGGAAUAAAACUAUGGAACCAAUCUGCCUACCCGUCGUUGUGUGUAGAUUGAAUAGUAAUCUCAUCUCAUCAGGGGUUCUAUGUUAAAGAGGGUGAAUGGAUCAUAAUAAGAGAGUAGCUAACUAACCUAAGAGUCAGCAGCUUCCACCCCUCCAUCAAACCCCCUUUACAUGAACAUUAUCCCCUAUGAACACACCUGAGAAAUAGAAAGCCUCUGUAAUUAGCCAUUAAAAAUGUAACAUUUAUUGUUUGAUGUUUACAUCUGACAUGCAGGAUAAAUUUAUUCUUUACUUAAUGGUGUAUGGAGCAUACAGCUGGCCAUAAAUUUUCAACAGAACAUUUUAAACAUUAUAUUUCAUCUAAAAAGAUGCAUGAAAUCAGUAGCCAGUAUCAGAUAAGUUAUUGUCACUUGAAACUGGCAUACUUGCGUAAUAAAUUGCAAAGCAUUUAGGUAAAGACUUUGUAGUAUACUGUUGUGUAAUUCCAACAUAAGGCCACAAAUUGAGUUACCAUUAUAAUAAAACAUUUUCAUUUCUUGACUUAUGUUAAAAGGUCAAAAUGAAAAGUUCCAAAAGUUAUGUAGGGCAUGUUCAGUAUUAAGAUAAAUUUCUAAGUUACAUCUUGUCCUAAUAUGUUUUACAAUACUUUUUGCACAAUUUAGAAUGUGCUUUAAUAUUUGGGUUCAUACUUUUUUUUACCCUUUUAGUACAAAGGUGUAAACAGAAAGCCUCCUGUUUCUCAGGCUUUGUUCAUUGUUGCUUCCUCUUAAAAAUAUAUUAUCAUAUUUUUCUCUCUCCCUUUACUCAUUUUAAUACCAAUGUAAAGUAGUGACUUUUCAUCUCCUUUUUAAAAUUCGCUUAAUGGUGUGUAAUCUUGCCAUGUGCUCGGGUCAGGAAAUUGGUUUUUAUUAUUAAUUAUGCAAUUUUUAAGAUUGUAAUUUAAAUUACAAUCUACAGAUAAUGCACUGUCAUCAGAAACCUUCAUAUUUCAUCAAUAUGUUAACAUUAUUCAAAGAAGUUGCUGUUAUAAAAGUUUUUGUGUACAAUGUUAAAAAAUAAAAUGUGUUGUAGCUCCUCUGAUAUUGCAGUAGAGAUAACACAUGCUUCAGCAGAAAAAAUAAAUUGAAAGGCUCUAUAUUAAAAUGAUAAACAGUAUCUUCUCACUUCACUUACAGCAGUAGUAUCAAAAUUUGUGUCUCUUAUACACACUGGUUUAAUGGCUUCCCUGACCCGUGACAGAAAAAGUGAAAAACUGUUUAGUGGAGUUCCUGUAUUCUUCACAAUGUAGUAGUGUUUCAAGAAACUUUUUGAGAUCCUAGAUUCAGUAGACAUCCCACUUUAUUAUAUAUAACUCAUAUGUAGUUACUGAAAAACAAGUCCUCCAUCCCUUAAUUGUUCACCAAGAUGGAGUGUUUAUAUCCCUUUUAAAUGUUUGAAUCCUUUUAAAAAUAUUUAAAUAUUCAAACUUUUCUUCCCUUUGUCUCUCUCUCUGAUUAAGAAUUUAAGACCCUUAUACCUCCAAUAUCACAUUACAUAACAAUUUGGAGAAUGCAAAUGACUCAUAGGAAUGGCUCAGUUUAGAAACCAAUAUGAAGAACUGAUGUUAUGAAAAGAAGGGUUUUUACAGCGUUAUUCAUUUGUAAAUAUGUACGUCCAUCCAUUGUGAAACUUUUACAUUGUCUUUAUUUAAAACACACCGAAGAAAGAGGUGUUAAUGUUAAAGUUUUUUAAAAUGAAAAAGUGUGUGCCAUAAACGUUUGUCCCUCCUUCUAUUCUCCAUGGAGGGAUGCUAUCUUACUUGUAGCUAUAGUCCUCAAUUAAGGAAGUAUGAAUGUAUUUUCUUCAUUGUGUACAUACGUAUAAGAGAUUACAGUACCUGUAAAAUAAUACUCAGCAUGUUCUUGGCCAACUGAGAAGCAGUAGAAAUAUUUAAAAAAUUAAUUUAAAUUUAGGGUGAAAAGAAGAUGAGAAAUGGUUGCAGCUAUUAUGAACUGCAAACAUAUUUUCAUUCAUCUGCACCUUCUUCAAAGAUGUCCAGAAUUAACAAAAAUUUAGUAAUCUGCCAUAAAGUCAUAAUGUGCCAAUGAUUAAAAUAAAAUUGCCAAUAAGAUAAAAAUCAAUUGUCUUCCACCACCUCAGCUGAUGUACAUUUCUAAAUGACGAGAUGCAAUGUAAGUUAUCCAGCUAGUCGAAUGUUUACUUGAAAGUGCAAUUUAAUCUGGGUCAGGAAUGCAAGAAGGAGAAUAUUUAUAGAACAAGGGCAAUUACUUUAUUUGUUAAUCAUCAUUCAGUUGCCAUUCCUUUAAAUAUCAAUGUGUAUUACAGAACUGAUGGAGAAAGGGCAAAUUAUAUGGUUUAUGUCAAGUAUUCUUUGCUCGAAAGGUUCUGGGACCUCUUAUAGUCUAUACAGUCAGUAACAUAAAAAUAUAUUUGUUACCAGAACAAAGGAUAUGCCUUAUAUAGCAAGCAUCCAGCACCACAAUUUCUUUCCAUAAUGCUCUUAUUUUGUUGUCUUCAGCCAAAUAGUAAUUUCAUGGACACAGUCACUCGUUCCCUACCUCUAUUAUCUUUGGCUGAUUCUGUUUCUCGAUUCUCAAAUUUUUCAGUUAACUCGAGCUUUGAUUUUAUUGUCAGUAAAAUUUUCUUACAAUUUUAAGCCAACUUCCUUAGGAUACACAAGUGUUACCUAUCAUUUUCACAAAAUUGCCGCACAGUGCAAUAUAGUGGAAUUGAUGUGCAUGUUAAUUUUUUAAAAAGAAUAAGCAGCUGAAGCAUCUCUCUCUCUCCACUGCCUUGUCCAUUGGAACAAACCUUUUCAACCCCUCAAACAUCACUGAAUGGUUGAGCACUGAAAAAGAGAAAGGCAUUGUUCAACCACAGUUUCUGUACACCCUUCCAAAACUAUACUCCACCCUCGAAACAAAUAUGUAAAGAUGUCAAAUGCCUGCUUCACACACGUCUGCAUUUAUGUAAAACAGAAGUCAUGCAUUGAUAAUCCGCACACAGAUAAAAUCUCCUCGGGUGAUCAGUGGCGUCAAAUGGUUAAACAAUAAAACUGACGUUUCAGGGGCAGAACGGGCUUAAGAUCAAUAGAGAGCAAGGCCAAAGAGCAUGUGCUUUUGACUCCGCCCACCAGUUGUGAUUGGCUAGGGUUCGGCCAUGAUCACUGGCCGGGCUGGUAUAUGUAUGGAGACAACUACAUAACUCAGCCACAUCAGAACCCUGAUGAUGGGGACAGAGACGGUCCCUGAAACGUCGGUUUUAUUGUUUGACCAUUUGACGUGACUGAUCGCCCGAGAAGAUUUUAUUGAGUUACGUUGCCGUGAAAGCUUCAAAUCAUAUAUCACACACAGAUAAUAGGGAGUGUGCUGUACUUCCAUAGUAUAAUUGGGUGAUAUAAAAGACAUAAUUAGUGUUUAGAUUGUCUUUAACCUCAUAAAGUAACGGGGGACAUAUAUACCACAGGUUUGUCAGGCCAGGUGAAUAGCUUAGAGAUAUGUUAAUGGUAUGCAUGGCCAGCUGACAAAUGAAUGAUAAAAGUUACGUGUUUGUUAAAGUUUAAGUACAGUGUUCAAUAAAUAUUUAUAAUUUUUUAUAACAUGAAUUGAUCAAUCUAUGAUUUACUUAAAUAUUGAUCUAAGGAAGUUGUUAAGGAUAAUAAUUCUGCCAUAAUUUGUCAAAGUACACAAUGGGUUUUGCUUGUAUAUUAGGCGUACUACAAAUACAGAAAUUCAUUUGAAUCAUUGUCCGUGUUUGAUCCUUGGGGAUUUCUAGAACUCUGACCUGUUUAUGUAUGAGGCCUUAGAACUUAUUGGCUGCAAGAUGCUUUACUCCAUCAGAUCUGUAUUACCACAUGUGAUUUCAUGAUAAUGGGAUUUCAUUAGCCAGUAGUAAUAUUAGUAUGUAAAAUAACUGUUUCAGAAUUUCUUUAAGCAUAAACAGUUUGGUAAUGGCGCCAAAGAAUUAUUUCUGUUCGUAAAGGUGGAAGUGACAAUUGGAUGCAAUAUCUUAGUUUUUUAUGUAUAUAAAUAGAGUAAUUCUUCAGAUAGUUUUGUAAAAGUUACACAUAUGAUUAUUAAUUGCAUAUGUCCAUUAUUUUAGUGCCAAUUGUUUUAAUACAAUAUUUUGUUACAUGAUUUGUUGUUAUGGAGAAUGGUAUGUACAAAAUGUGCGGAACGAUACGAACCACAAUAGAGAAAGUGCUGUGAGUUGCGUCUGUAACAGGUCCCACACUGACUUCGCCUCCUACAUUUUAAGAGAUGGAUAAGAGAUUAAGAAAAAUGUUGAGGAGGCAUAAUGUGAUACAUAAAUAUAUUAUUGCCAGAUAUGAAAUGUUUUAUCUUGACUUUUGCCGUAUGUUGGCAACUUCAGUGUGAGAACUGUAAUGGAUCCAUUCAAGGCUAAGACAUUAAACAGUAUAAAUUAUGAAUUGCCAAUGAUGUCUCUGUGCUAGCUGCAGGGUCAGAACUGACAUUGAUUGAACUAGUUAACAGAAUACUGUUCAUGUCUAGCUGUGACUUCUGUAUCUCAGCUAUUGGUGGGUUCUUGUGACAAUAUAAUACAAAUAGACUCCUCACUUUAACAAAACUAAAAACACAAAAAAACAAAGUAGGAUUUGAGGUGCACAUGAUAUAAAAGCUGAAUGACAGUGAUAUACAUAAAAAAAACCAAAAGUUUACCUUUCCUAAGAUCCCCAUCUUAUGUACACGCUCUUGCUAAAUCCCAGCCUUGUUAUAAUCUCACACAAAUACUCAGGAGCUCACUACAGAUAUUUUUUUCUCUAGAAAUUGAAGCAUUUGUUUUUCAGUAUGACAUGUGUUAUAGGCCUAUGCGUGAUGUUAAAAAAAGGCAUUUAAGAUUAACAAAGUAAAAUGUACCAAUAAUUCCAUAGCUAAUUUUUUUAAUUAUUUGUGGAUAUAUUUGAUCGAGCUUUCUCUCAUAACAAAAUGCUUACAAAUAUACAUACACAUAUGAUAUUUCGUGUUUCAAAUAAACUUCAGGUUUUGUCUAAAAUGUGUGCUGUGGUUCUCAGAGGAGAUUUAAGAUAAAUUAUGAUUAUUAAUAUUACAGUUAUAGUUCAGAAACAGAGUGAAAACACAUUUACUCUGUAAAAACGAAUCAAAGUGUCUUUGCAUUAAACACUCUCACAUCAACGAUACAUGCAAGGAACCCCAUGUAUAGACAUAUUGUAUUUGUUGUUUGAAAGAAGCAAACAAAAUACUCAUCAUUCCAGGAACAGUUUAGUGGCGAAGCGAAUUGUUGAUACUUCCAAGUGUGUGAGCUGUGUAUAUGGGUUUGACAAUAAUAUGUAGAGAAGAAUUUUUAUAUCCUUUGCCUGAUUCUAAGCCAUUAUUAUAAUCAGGAGUGCGCAUGUAUCAUGCCCAAUGUUGAUGGAACUGACUGGCCAAGUGGAGCAGUUUCCCAUCCUGUGUAUGUGCACUUUAUGGUGCACACAUGCGCACAAGGACUUUUUUUAUUCUUCAGCCUAAAUACAGAAUAUUGAUUUCAUAGAAUCACAAGGUGUGUGAUAUAUAUAUAUAUAUUAUAAAUAUAAAUGAAAGAUGAAAUUAUAUAUAGAUACACAAUGAGAUACAAUUAUUAUAAUUAUUAUAUUAAAUAAAUGGGGUGAAAUACUGAUGAGGACCCAAAGAUAUUAAUAAUCCGAAACUUUUGUAAAUAAUGAAUAUUUCCCUUGCUCACGGUACAUAUUUUUAAAUAUCUUUCCCUUUGUGUUAAGAAUGUAGAAUUUUUCUAUCCGGAGCAAGAUAUAAUACAUAUAUAUAUAUAUAUAAUAGUUCUUAAUGUCUCAUCUUUAAUAAGGGGUUAAAAACAAAUGUUCAAUUGUAAAUGAAUGUAAAACUGUUACACAAAAAUCACCCCUUUCCUUAACUCAUUCCUUCUGAUACAUUUAUUGUUUUAACUUUAUCUUAAUUAAAACAAAUAUGUAACUUAUAUUUCUUCCUUUUCCUUUGUAAUGCAUGGUCUCUCUGUCUCUGAGCAUUCAUCCGUCUUCUUGUCUUACUUCAAUAUGUUCACGUCUUUUCAAAUAGAAAAUUUAUACUGGGGUAUAUAAAAAGUUUGGUAACCUAUCAUAAGUUAGUGAACAGGGACAUCACUUCAAUUCCCCCCUCUACACAAUAUGGAAAUUUAUUUGUGCUUCGAGGGUAAUCUCAUCAACUAAGAGUCACAAGAAACAAAACCACUUCAACCAAAGUCAAAUACUUGUUUCAGAUCUUGAUACAGAUAAUUUAUCACUUGAAUUUUGUAUUUUCCAUCUCCUGCCUUUGUACGUAGAACAGUGUCCUGAUGAUCUCUUUAAACAUUUAUAUAUAUAUCUCUCUCUUGUGUUUUCACAACUUUACACUACAUUUCUCUCGACACCUUAUUUAUCAGAACAAUAAUGGUGAUCCCUCGUGGGAAUAUAGAUUUGUCUUUUUUUUUUAUCUUUAAAAUGUGCUUCCAGUGCAAUUGUUGUUUUUAUGUAAAUUCUACCUUAGCUUGUGCAUUUGAAAACAUUUUGUUAAAAGAGGCUAUGUGAUCCACGUGCUGAUGAGAGAUGCCUGAUAUGAGAUUUUAGUUUUUUAUAUAAUGAACAAUGUAUAAUUUUUUAUAUAAGAAGAAUGUACAUGUGUAAUGUUUUUUGAGGUUUUGGAAACAACGAACACAUAUGUUCUAUAUAAUAUACCAGAUAUAUUCUCUGUGUGUGAUAAUGUUUUUAUAUGUAUACACAUUAUUUUUUCUCUUUAUUAGGUUUCAUACUUAGUUUCUUCACUUUUUUAAAAAUAAAAUCAAUAUAAACAGCUUAAUUUGAAAUACAAGCUAGUGUGACCAAAGAGAAUGUAUCAUAAAACCAUAUAAAUAUCUUCUUUUUUAUUUACCUUCUUUGUGCAAUAAUGUUAACUCUUAUUGCCAUUUUUAUUUAUGACUUUUUUUUUGUUUUUAAGUAAGUUCAGUUGUUUAAUUGGGUAAAGGAGAAAAUAUUUCUGCCACUGUUUGUGUUUUGGUAUGCAAAACCAAAUAUUGCUCUGUACCAUGACAUUACGAUAAAGGGGAUAUUUUAUAAUAUGUUAAUGUGUCCCAAAAGUACUGUGAGGGAUAACCAUGUGGGCGGUACAGAGGUUAUGAUUAUAUUCUGUAAAAGCUGAAGUAUUGCAGUCUGGGCACUACAAAAGUUCAAUUCUGUACCUUUUAAAUCAUAAUGUAUAAAUAAAUUUGUGAUCAAAGCUA